AUGCGCGACGACGAGGUCGAUGAAUCUCAUCAGUUUAUUCCUAUAUUGAUAUAUAAUAUAGUGGCUGUUAUUGGCUCUUUUUAUUCUAUUCCAAUUUUAAAAAAGAGAACUGGUACGCCUGGUGAAUUUAAAACACAAUCUAUUCUUGAUUCUAAACACCCUCAACGCUGUCAAGAACAGUUUCGACAGCGUGGAUCCGUUCGUGGUACAGCUGAAGCUUUUUCUCAUUCUGAAGAAACAAUCCAUAGAUGGUUUUAUGAAGUUUUAGAUGCUAUCAUGAUAUUAUAUCCAUUCGUAGUAAAGUUACCGGAUCCAACUAUACAAUCAGCUUUACCUAGAGUGAAAGAGAAUGAAAAAUAUCGUCAAUAUUUUGCGAAUUGUCUAGGCGCUCUCGAUGGGAUCUUUAUUCCAGCGACAGUACCCUUCGAAGAUCGAUCUGCCUACUUCAAUCGAAAGGGAGUCACUUCACAAAACGUUUCUUUUCCGAUUCUAAACACGUUUUCAAAACUAUUACUCUAUGAAAAGAUUUUACAUGGUUCUUGGAAUUAA